GAAACUAUAAACAAAAAGCGGUCUCGCUCGUAGUAGUUCACGGUGGUAGACGAUUACAAGAAAUUUCCUGUUUUCCCUGUAUAUAAAACUAAAACCACCCGAAACACAGUUCGCUAGUUUGCUGCACAAUCCAACCGGAAUAAUGAACGAUAGCUUCGGUGCAGGAGGAUUCAACGCGACCGGUGGUGGUGGUGGCGCCGUGCAGGAAAAUAAAGCAGAAGGUGUACUACCACUUACCAUUCGUCACAUCCAGGAAUCGUCGGACAAUGGACUGCAACUGUUCGGCAUUCAGUACAGUAUGGUGACGUUCAUUGCGAUUGUGCGAAACAUUGACCACUCGUCGACAAAGAUCACCUACCGGCUGGAGGAUCACACCGGCCAGGUCGAUGCACAUCUUUGGCUAGAGGAGGGCGAUACGACACAGGUGCCGGGGAUUGUGAUGCAUGGUUACGCUCGGAUUGUGGGAUCGGUACGGAAUCAGGGCGGCAGUAAGGCGGUGAUGAUCUUUAAGAUCGAUCAGGUUUCGUCGCCCAAUGAGAUUACUACCCAUCUGCUGGAGGUGUUGAAUGCACGGUACAAGGGUGAGGAAUACGCUAAGGCUGUAGCUGGCGGUUCUGGAUAUGCGGGGGCUGGUGAUAAAGGGUCCACUGCGUCCAGUGGAGGAUUCAUGGAAACCGAUGGUAACACUAUGGGACUCACUGGAAAGCAGCUGCUGGUGUACAAAGCUAUUAAGGGACACAUUUCCGAUAUCGGAAUCAGCCGAAAGGAAUUGCAGCAAAAGUUUCAGCAUAUUAGCGGCUCGGAGAUGCAGAACAUUACCGAUUAUAUGACUCAGGAAGGCAUCAUCUAUACCAGCGUUGAUUCUGAUCACUUCCUCUGUGUGGAUUCGUAAUUUCGAUUCGUCAGCUACAUGUUAUGAGUUAAAUAGAUUUUUAGUGCUACUGUUUAAUUCCCAUGAUCCGUUAACAAGAUGCUGAUAUUGGUUAAUAUUAGGAAGCCCUAAAAUAUCGCACUUUUACAAUUCAAAAAUUAUUUUCAAAUCAAAGCUUUUUGUUCGUUGCCACUGAG